AUGUCACUUCCAGAUAAAGUUGAACUUGCCAUUCGUCACAUUGAAAGAGAAUUCCACAUUGAUGACGACUAUCUCGUCAAAGCUUCACAGCAUUUCCUUCAAGCUAUGGAUGCAGGUUUAAAAGCGCCCAAGCAAUCAAGAGAAAACAUGCCAAUGAUUCCUGCACACGUGUCCAAAAUCCCCACUGGUAAAGAAACUGGAUUGUUUUUAGCUGCCGAUUUGGGAGGUACCAAUUUCCGAGUAUGUUCAAUUGACUUGAAAGGAGACCACACUUUUGAAUUGAAACAAAGCAAAUAUAGAAUUCCCCCUGAAUUGAUGAAGUGUAAAAAGGCCGAUGACUUGUUUAAAUAUUUGGCAUCUAAAAUUGAAACUUUUCUUGAAGAACAUCACAACACUGCCAAAGUCAAAUCUUCAGACGCAUUGAAGUUGGGUUUCACUUUCUCGUUCCCCGUAGAUCAAACUGCGUUGGGCCAUGGUACUUUGAUCAGAUGGACUAAAGGGUUUGAUAUCCCUGAUGCGGUGGAUAGAGAUGUGGUUGAUUUGUUGCAAGCCAAUUUGACCGUUUUAGAAGUCAAUGUCAAAGUUGUUGCAUUGGCCAACGAUACAGUGGGAACAUUGUUAUCCAGAGCUUAUCAAAAUAACCCCGCUGUGACCAACUCAAACACUGUGAUUGGUUGUAUAUUUGGAACUGGUACCAAUGGUGCUUACUAUGAAACCAUUGCAAACAUUCCCAAAUUGACUAACCCUCCAAAAGAUGCACAAGGAAUGGUUAUCAACACCGAAUGGGGAUCUUUUGACAACACUUUGAAGAUUUUACCAAAUACACUUUUUGAUGAAAUUGUUGACAAGGAGACUGCCAACAAAGGUUAUCACUUGUUUGAAAAGAGAAUCAGCGGAAUGUUUCUUGGUGAAAUUCUCAGGGUUGCAUUGAUUGAAUUGUUUGAAAGAGGACUCAUUUUCCAAGAAUUGUACAAGGAAAGAGGUGGAAGUUUACCUCACAGAAUCACUGAGCCUUGGCUUUUGGAUGCCGAAGUGUUGUCGUAUAUUCAAAUUGACGAUUCAACCGACUUGAAAAUGUCAGGUUUGAUUUUGCAAAAUGUAUUACGAUUGCCAACAACUUUACAUGAACGAAUUGUAAUUCAAAGAAUUACCAGGGCAAUAUCGAGCAGAGCUGCUAAAUUGUCAGCUAUUCCAUUGGCAACGAUUGUGCGUAGAGUCAAAGACCAAUACAAGGAUGAUAACAAAGAUUUCGAAGUUGGUUGUGAUGGAUCGGUUGUUGAAUUUUACCCUGGUUUCAAAGACGCUAUAUUGAAGGCUAUUGAAGUCAUAAAUCCAUUGGAAGGAACAAGCAAGAAAGUUUAUUUGAGAAUUGCCAAAGACGGUUCCGGUGUUGGGGCUGCAUUGUGUGCAGCAAUGGCCUAG